CUCUGUCACCGAGACAGGGUAACCCAUGGUUACUGAGCUCAGAUCAGUUCAGGGGCAGACAGCCACCCCUCCUCACAGCUCUAUAAAGAGACCCAGCAAAGGGCCCCUACCAGCUUCCAGCUCUCAGCCUAGGUGAAGCUGCGGAAGAGGCCCCGGCCAGCAUGUUUCCCAGCCUGAAACUUCAGUGCCACUUCAUUUUGCUCUUCUUGAUGGCUCUAAGAGGGGAGAACCGGUACCUGGAGCUGCGAGAAGCGGUGCACCACAACCCUUUCCUGCUUUUUGGAGCUAGCCUGAAGCGGGAGCUGGCCGGGGAAGAGCAGCUGUACAGUCGAGCUCUGCGCUGCCUGGAUAUGCUGAGCCUGCAGGGCCAGUUCACUUUUACUGCCGAUCAGCCGCAACUGCACUGCGCCGCCUUCUUCAUCAGCGAGCCGGCGGAGUUCAUCACCAUCCACUACGACCAGGUCUCCAUCGACUGCCAGGGCGGGGACUUCUUGAAGGUAUUUGAUGGUUGGAUUCUCAAAGGAGAGAAGUUCCCCAGUUCCCAGGAUCAUCCUCUCCCGACAACUGAACGGUACAUAGAUUUCUGUGAGACUGGUCUUAGCAAAAGAAGCAUCAGAUCCUCCCAGAAUGUGGCCAUGAUCUUCUUCCGGGUCCAUGAGCCAGGAAAUGGAUUCACAAUAACCAUAAGAACAGACCCCAACCUCUUUCCCUGCAAUGUCAUUUCCCAGACCCCAAACGGAAGGUUUUCUCUGAUCAUUCCACAUCAGCAUAGAAACUGCAGCUUCUCUAUCAUUUAUCCUGUUUCGAUCAAAAUCUCCGAUCUCGCCCUUGGACAUUUAAAUAGCCUGCAAUUCAAGAAACCCUCAGUAGGCUGUGGAGGAAUAGGAGACUUUGUGGAGCUGCUGGGAGGCACUGGAUUGGACCCUUCCAAGAUGAUGCCAUUGGCUGAUCUCUGCUAUCCCUUUCAUGGCCCUGCCCAAAUGAAGAUUGGCUGUGACAAUACAGUGGUGCGUCUGGUCUCUAGCGGAAAACACAUAAAUCGUGUGACUUUUGAGUAUCGCCAGCUGGAACCCUAUGAACUGGAAAACCCAAAUGGAAACAGUAUCCGUGAAUUCUGUUUGCCUAGUCUUUGAAAAACAAAUCCAAUUAUUGACCUGCUGCUAGCGAAGUGAAUUUUUUAAUUGUUAUAUAUGAUUUUGAUGAUCAGUUAGAAGCCUUUCAGUCAGUAUUCUAGUGCAUAAGCCAGUAUUCCCAAACUUGAGCACAAUCACACAUGUA